AUGGCCUUCACCAGGCCUCGCAAGAGGACCGGCGGCGGCGGCGGCGGCAAAAGCGGAAAGAAAAGGUUCAGGGAAGAAUUGCAAGGAAAAGUAAAUCUUUACACAAAAGAAGUAUCAGUAGAAAGUGCUUUCAUGGAAAAUCAAACUGAAGAUGACAUACAUGUUGAUAGAAAACAAAAAGAAAGUCCGGACCAAAAUCCACAGGAAGCUGUGGCUGUAGAAGAAAAACAAAGUAUAUUAACUGAAGUAUUACGGGAUAGAGUGAGAGGGAAGUUGAGAACAGUUAAGGCUGAACAAGAAGAAAAAUCUUCUGACAAACCGUACUCUGAUACUAAAGAAUACCAACACAACUCUGAAGUGACCACUGAGAAUGAAGUCUCCUUUGAUGAGGGUUUUAUAUUUUUUACAUCAACUUUUGAAGAUUCCUCAAAGCCGAAAGAAACUGAUCAGGUCAUUGACCAGAAAUCAAUAAAUGACAGCCUUCAAAAUGUCUGUGGCUUAAACGAACAAGCUCCUUUGCUUGAUCAUGUGAGAGAAAUACUACUACCAGAACUGCUUGAAGUAAAAUCUCCUAAGUGUGAAUGGAGUAAUCUUGAUAAGAAAAAACAAUGGGACCAACAACUUUUUCUGCCAAGCACUUCCCCAGUUAUACAGAGCUGUAAAUUGCCAGACAAUAUGGCACCACGAUUCCUAGAAGAUGAAGGGUUUUAUAUUCCAAGAAAGCCUCAUAUAUCUAGGAAUACAUACUACAAAAUGGAAAACCGUCUUCUUCAGCAAGAUGGGGGGAAAAACUGGUUUGAAGAAAGCGGGGAAAUAAUGUCAUUGCCUUCUCCAAUCAAACCAUCAAGUUACUACAGAGUGUUUUUUCCUUCUGAGAUUGACCCACGAUUAAAGACAACAUACAGGAAGCUCAAAGCAUUAAUAAGUUCCACAAAAUUACUGGAAAGUAACUUAAAAACAAGUGAGCUAAGUACGAAAACUUUGAAGGAUUACAGAUCACAAAUAAGAAAUACUAGAAUAUUACAUGACAUAGAAUACCAAAGAGAUAAAUGUUUAAUACAAAGUAUUAUGAAAGUAUGGAAACAAAUAAAAUCUCUACGGAGACAGCAAGGAUUUGUCAGUUCUUCUGUCAGGCUGCAAUUUCAAAAGCUGACAUAUAUCUCAGAACUUGAUGAUUUUGAAGGCAACAUAUCAGAAGAGAAUGAAAAUGGAUGCUUGGAUUCAGCUCAUACCUUUCAAACCGCAAUGGACAUUGGAGGGAUAAAUGAACCUCUUUUGGUGCCACAUCUUACCUUUGUAACAGAAAUAACAGCAGAAGACAUGUGCCCUCUAGAUGAACAACAGAGAAGAGAAAAAGUCAAAAUGGAAAAAUACUUUAUUAAAAUAUAUUACAACAAUAAAUUGGUCUCCUCUACUUCCGAAGCUCCUCUUCACCAGGAUUUUAAAGUAAUAUUUCAGCAAAUUUUUAGAAUUCAAGUAUUAAACUGGCCUGAAUCUCUUCGAUUAGAGAUAUUUGAAUCAAGUAAAAAACCGACUUUGUUGGCCAAAGUAUACUUACCUCUUCCCAAUAAUGUUACAUUGAAAAGCAAAGAUGUUUUGGAUGAGGCAGAGUUUAGUUGUGAACAACAAGUUAAACCUUCCAAUGGGGCAGUGGGAAGCAAUGUAUCUUUUUUCCUUGAUGAAAAGGAAAGAGAAGAACUAUGUAUUCUGACAUCAGGAAAAUUAAUGUAUUCUUUAUCUUGGACAGUUGAUGACACAGGAGCUCCUUUAGCACCCACAUUUCAGCCUCUUCAUGGUGCCUGCAUUAGUGUGCCAAGGUGUAUUGAUUCAGGAAAAGGAACUGGAAUUUGGCAGCAUUCUGACAUACAGAAACUAAUUGAAUGGGCAAAAGAAGCCAAUAUUGAUCCAAAUAACCCUGACUAUUUGGAUUUGAUUGAGAUAAUCAUGUAUUCAAAAUCCUUGGAGCAAAAUGAAUCAAAAUACUUUCGUCUUGAACAGCUGCAAGAAGAAUUUAACUUUGUUACUGCAGAAGAGAUUACAAAUUGUAAACGUUUCCAGCUGUUGCAGCUGAGAAGCUUGGGACAGUUAGAUUUCUAUGGUUUCCAGCAAAUUCCUUUGUAUGACAGAGAAAUACCAGACACAGUCUUUCAGGCAUAUGGGAACCAAUUAGAAAAGGACAUGAUGACAGAUGCAGAUCCUAUUUCUGCACGAAGGAAUAGUUCAGCCACUUUUGUUAGGAUGAUGAGAAAACAAGCUACAAAACGAAUUGUGACCAUUAGGCACAAGUUUAACUUAUCAGAUAUUGUGAAUGAUUAUGAAGAAAUUAUAUCUAUGAGUGAAUUGAGUAAUGCAAUUUUCAAGCUAGGUGAACGCAAAAGACAUUUGAAACCACAAAGGAAAGAGAGGCGAAAGAUUCCAGCACAGGCUGUCUCUGAUGGAGAUGUAAAACUUCUCAUCAGAAUAUUGAGAGCCUAUAAUAUUCCUGCAAGAAAGGCACCACCAGCUAAGGUUGGAGUUGCUAAUUCACCAUCCUAUUUACCAAAUCGAAUGUCCAGAGGCAGGCAUAUUUUGUCAGGAAAUUCAGCCUAUUCAGCAGACCCUUUGUAUGAGGUGGGUGUCCACCCUUUUGUAGAAGUUACCUUCCAGGACACAAUCUAUCAAACUAGCACUGCUGAUGGCUCUCAUCCAUGUUGGAAUGAAGAACUGCAAGUUGAUUUUAUCUCUCCAGGGCAUGAUUAUACUUUUUCAGGACUAUCUAAAAUCAAAGACAAUAUAAAUAUUAACAUUUUUGAUGAAUUUGUGAUUGAAAAGCAUGAGGACACAUGUCCAAAAAACUGCACCGGUCACUCCUAUGUAAGAAAGAAUUGGCUUGGAUCAGUUAUGUUUCCUUUCUCUACUCUUCUGGAACAUUCAAAGAUUUGUGGUACAUUUCAAGUAAAUAUGCCACCGGUUUUGCUUGGAUAUACUUGGAGUAAGACAUAUGUGCCUCCCAAAGAAGAAUGUCAUGGCCAGAACUUGAAGGAAUAUACUUUUUUAACCAUCUUUGCCACUAUUGAACCUCAAAUAUCUUCUACUGAAAAUAAUUUAGAAUCAGACAAGUUCAUAGAUCAUGAAGACCAAACACUGUUGCAAAAAGCAUACAUUUUUAAGCAAACAUGCAAAGCAUUGUUUCCAAAGAGGAGAAUAAUAACCUCAGCUUUUAACAAUCAAGGAAGAAAUAUUUUAGUCACAAAGUACAUUACCUCUCUGAAUCCACCUCAGCAAUUAUUAGAUAUGUGUGCUGAUGAGCCUAACUCAACUUCUGAUCUUAUAUCACGAUUUGUGUCUUUAAUUCCUUGUAUAUCAGACACGGGGGAUGAAAAUGAUGAUGUUGAGCUUUGGAUGACAUCAGAGAAUUUCCUUGAACUUGGUAUUGGUAGUAAAGAAGAACAUGCAGUGCUUCUAUGUAACUACUUUCUGUAUAUUGGGAAAAAACCAUGGGUACUGUUGGGAACAUCAGUGUUAGAAGGGAAAGUAGCUUAUGUAGCAACACAAGAAAAUGGAGAGUAUUUUCUGUGGAAUCCACUGAGUGGCCAGUGCUAUAAGCAGUUUGAUGCAUUUUGCCCUCUACAGAGUGUUGAUUGCUUAAUCAGUUGGAAAAAUGUCUGGUUCAACAUACAGCAGAACAGUUCACCAAUGUGUGUCAGUUUUGAUACUUCAAAGGAAAGCUUAUGGAAACAAUUUCUUCCAUACCAUGCUCAGGAUUUAAAAAUGCAGACCGUACAGCAAGAAGAACUAUUUUACAUCCCAACUGAUGUAAGUUUGGUCAUAGAGCUACAAAAUAGGAUUGAAAAGACUUUGAAAAAGAAAUUUAUGGAAUGGCGAUCUCAGCAGCCAACUCGGUGGCAUCGACAGUGUACCAGUGUCUUACGACAAAUUCUCUCAAAUCUAGAAUUUAGAAAUGGACAGACAGCUAGAGAAAAAGAAGAAAAUAAUUUGGAGGCUUUCCAAGAACAUUACUGGGUUACAGGAUUUCCUAUUCAAAUGCCGUAUCUGGAUCUACAGUCAAUAACUGAAGCUGUUUAUCAGACAGGAAUUCAUUCUUCAGAGGUUCCCAACACAGAAUUCGCUCUUGCUGUGUAUAUUCAUCCUUACCCAAAUAACAUGCUAUCUGUCUGGAUAUAUUUAGUAUCUUUGGUACGCCAUCAGUAA